AGGUUUCGGGCCUUUUCUCCAGUUUAUGCGUAUAAGUAGAAGAAGUGAUACAUUAAUCGUAUACUUCCCAACUUAAAACUCAAUUUUUUUUAAACCUGAAAUCAUGUCUGCUGCUACCAAAAAGAGAUACAUUACCAACAAAGUUGGAAGCGAGUUUUACGAGCUUGUUGAUGAAGACAUAAUUGCACAAGUCCGACAAUCGCGUGGUAACAAUUUGCAUGAAGUUCUCGAUCAAAAUGGUGACAGCUAUGUUGUAUCGAUGCCCACAAAGUUUAGAAAAUCAGUAUGGCUUCGGCGUGAUCAGUUUGUCGUUGUUCGGCCAAUCACAGAAGGAGACAAAGUGAAAGGAGAAAUCGAGUACAUUUUGGAUCAGGACAAUGUUUUAUACAUUCGCGAACUCGGCAAAUGGCCUACUUGUUUCGAAGAAAACGCUCUAAAAAUGACUCGAGAAGCUAAGCGUGGUCAAACAUCGGAUAAAAUGAUCGAUGACGACAUGCUUCCACCAAGUGAAAGCGAAGAAGAGGACGAAUCAGAAGGGGAGGAGACAUACGAUGAAGAUGACGUUGAUGACGAAGAGGAAGAAGAAUUCGACACGUAUAAUCCAAACCGAAUGCAGGCACCUUCGAAAUGAAUAAGCAGUUUUCAAGUUGCUUUCCCUACCCACUUUAAAUUGGCGUUUCCCGUGUUUUUGUUACAUUACUGUUAUUUUUGUUAUCAUGUUCUUUCACUUCCAACCGCCUUUACUUUCCUGUUUAUGCGCCUGCUGCCUCUCCGUGGCAUGAUCGCGUCCAUUUCAUAAAGAUAAGACAGUUGCUUUGAAAAUCGAUA